AAAGUCGAUUUAUUAUUUUGUUAUAGUAUUCAUAAACGGGAAAUGUUUGUGAUUAAAUAUGCAUCGAGUAUUAUGUGCAGAGCGCAGAACGUACGUCUGCUGAGGCCGUGUAGUUACGCUAUAGAUUUAAAGAUUGGAGAUUAUUCUAUGUCCAAGUAUAUUGAAAAAUUGGUAAAAGAGUAUGAGUGUGGAGAUACACAGAAUGUUAGAAAGCAAGAGUUGAAGCCCAUUAUGAGUGUGCUUGAUCGCAGAAAAGAGGUGAUCAAGAAUAUUGAGAGUCUUAAGGAGCUUCUUUCUGAUCCAGAUGAGAGCAUCAAGAAGUUGGCAGAGGAGGAGCAAUUUGGUUAUGACCAGAAGAUUCUUGAACUUGAUGAACAUUUGAAAGAGGUUCUUUUACCAGCUGAUAAUGAGGAUAAUGUUAAUGCUAUUGUUUUAGAUGUGAGCUCUGGUGUGGGAGGUCAAGAGGCAAUGCUAUUUGCAAAUGAGGUGUUCGAAAUGUAUAAGGGGUAUAUAGAGUUUAAAGGAUGGCAAUGCGAGAUAGCCGAAUUUAUGAAUACAGAUAUUGGCGGGUUAAGGCAUGCCAGUUUAUUGGUUGAAGGGGAGAACGCCUACAAGUGCUUCAAAUAUGAAGCUGGAGUGCAUAGGGUUCAAAGAAUCCCUAGCACAGAGAAAUCUGGCAGGAUUCAUACAAGCACCAUAUCCGUGAACGUGCUUCCGCAGCCCACCGACAUCCAAAUUGAUCUGCAAGCUAAAGAUUUGAGAAUCGAGACCAAGAGAGCUUCAGGAGCUGGAGGUCAGCAUGUCAACACAACCGACUCGGCCGUUCGCAUUGUACAUAUACCAACAAACGUAGCAAUCGAAUGUCAAACUGAUAGGUCUCAAAUUAAGAACAGGCAGUUUGCAAUGCAGAGACUUAGGGCUAAACUAUACGAAAUGCAGUUGGAAGAGCAGUUGGCGAAGACGCAGGGCCUGAGGAAGAGUCAGGUGAGGACCAAAUUCCGAAACGAAAAGAUUCGCACAUACAAUUUUGGGCAAGACAGGAUUACGGAUCACAGGGUUGCCGGCAACGUGCACAACAUGAAAGUGUUCAUGCUAGGUGGAGCCCCACUGGAUGAUCUCAUCGAUAAAUUGGAUCAUCAGACAAAACUAGAAAGACUACGAGAAUUACUUGACGGCCAUAAAUAGCACUUAAAAUAUAUUUAAUAAAGUUUAGUUGUUUAUAAGCUAUUUAAUUCGCAACCUUACAUAUCAAUUAUAAUAAA